UUUCCUCGGGAGCUUCGGGUGAAGGAGAUGUCGGCUGAGCUGCGAAUCGUGAAUAUAUUUAAUGACCAAGGGACGCGUAAAUCAGUGCAACUCUUACCAGCAAUAUUACCUGACAGAUAUCAUGCUGGUUCCCCCUCAUGGCUAGUCAUUGGGGACUUCAAUCUCCACCAUUCAGUCGGGGGGGGGGAGGGUGCUGAGAAAGACGCUGAGGCGGAUGAGCUCCUAGACGUGCUGGAGGUGGCAGGACUAGAUAACCGGCUACCGCAGGGCGCAGUGACCAGGGAAAGAGGUGGAAAUAAGACAACCAUUGAUCUAGUACUGGCGUCUCGUAACCUGCGGGAACGAAUUAUCAACUGUGGGACGGAUGUCAAGGUUCAUGCUGAUUCAGACCACCUACCGAUCCACACGUUGCUGGACAUCCACACUUCACUAGAAGAGGAGCCUGUCCCCGAGGAUGAUCACCAGGUAUAUGCUGCACUCCGCAACCGGAAAAGCAGGGUGAUUGGCAGGACGCUGAAAACUGGCUUCCGAAACUGGGUUAAAUCGGCCACUGAACAGGGCCCCCGGGGCCUCUGGAAAGUAUCGAAGUGGGCCAGGAACAGGGACCAGAGCAGUGGCAGCAGUAUGAUACCGCAGCUAAAGAUGCCAGGCAGCUCCGCCUCGCCUGCGAAAAGCAAUCUAGAGAAGGUCAACGAAUUAAUUUCGCUGUCUGAAUUGAUUCGUUAUAGCCCGAUUUUACUGUACUGGACUUCAGAUGUGUCCGAGGAAGGCGGUGGUGGCUGGCAACACUUGCCCCAGUUUGCUCUCACUUAA